AUGGCAUCCGUGAGUAAUGGCAAUACGCCAACCGUCCCGGACGAUGUGGGCAAACAUCCCGAGGGGGUGGUCUUGCCACCAAAGGACAUUCGAGCGAUCGUUGAGAAGACAGCUGGCUAUGUUGCCCGGAAUGGCGCUGUAUUUGAAGAUCGCGUACGCGAAAAGGAACGGAACAAUCCUAAAUUUUCCUUCCUAAGCUUGAAUGACCCGUAUGCACCAUUCUACCAAUGGCGUCUCAAUGAGAUCAAGGAGGGGAGAGGGACUGAUGUGUCUGCUGGCCGCCCAGGCGAGCCGACUCCGACUCCAGCACCCGAAGCCCCCAAAGGACCUGUAGAACCUCCAGAGUUCCACUUCUCAGCACGAAUGCCGAUCAUCAAUGCGCAAGAUUUGGAAGUUGUCAGGCUCACAGCUCUUUUUGUAGCCAAACGGGGAAAGUCUUUUAUGACGGCUCUUUCUCAGCGAGAAGCGAGGAACUUCCAGUUUGAUUUCCUUCGACCACAGCACAGUCUCUAUCAGUUUUUUACGCGAUUGGUCGACCAGUACACUAUUCUUUUGCGACCAGAGGGCGUCGAUGAAGCUACUUCUCAGAAGAAGAGAAUGGCAGAACUAAGGCACAAUGUGAAGAAUAGGUUUCAUAUUCUAGAGCGCGCAAGGGAGCGCGCGGAAUGGGUGAAAUACCAGGAGCAGCAGAAACAAAAGAAGGAAGAAGAGGAAGAAGCUGAGCGGAUAGAGUAUGCGCAAAUUGACUGGCAUGACUUCGUGGUCGUGGAAACGGUUCUCUUCACGGAAGCAGACGAUCAAGCCGACCUGCCUCCGCCAACCUCCCUAAACGACCUGCAGUCGGCUUCCCUAGAGCAGAAAGCAAUGAUGUCGCUCAAUCCUCUCCGCAUUGAAGAAGCAAUGCCAACCGAAAUGGAAACACCCACGUACUACAACGCCUACCCCACACAGCAAGAACCGCAGCCCGCCGUUCAACCAGUCGGUCCUGUGUAUUCCCCUCAGCCGCAACCACCACAAGCCGUUCCAAUUCCGCCAGUUGCCGCAACAGCUGCAGCCCAAGAAGAAGAGCAACGUAUCCGAGAACGCAUGGAGGCCCGUGAACAAGCUGCCGCCGCCAAAGCCGCUCCGGGCCAGCAACCAAUGCGCAUCCGCUCCGACUACGUCCCACGUGCGCAAGCUCGCCGCCAGAACGCCGCAGGUGCUAUGGCUCUCUGUCCAAACUGUAAACAACAAAUUCCCGAAGCAGAAUUGCAACAACACAUGCGCAUUGAAAUGCUGGACCCCCGCUGGCGAGAACAGCAGGCCAAGACCCAGGCUCGAACCGCAACAACCAACCUUUCUACAGCAGACGUGGUUGGUAAUCUCAAACGACUUGCUAGUCAGCGAAGCGACGUAUUUGAUUCUACUGCUCUCCAAGGCGUUCCUGAUCCCGAGGAAGAGGCCAGGAAGAAGCGUAUGGCGUUUGAAGGAGCCCCGGGAGCCGGGCCGCAGCAGCAGGGCCCUAUGGGCGGGCCACAGAACCCUCAAAACAUGAAUAUCGAGGAUCAGAUCAGGCAUCUUCAUGAGCGGUAUAAGCAAUGA